UCUUUGAUAAUAAUAAGCACUAAGGUUUGAAUUUUCAAAUCCCAUCAUAGUAUGAAUUUUUUUUCCUUCUUGUUCUGUAUGCUCUGAACGUCUCUGUCCAUGACAAGACAAAUCCCGAAAACCAAACGAUCAUGUCAAUCCAACUCAAGUGCUCCUAUCUUUCUGUAUAGUGUACAAAUAUACCUUUACCAUAAUCAAUCUCCAAUUUCAGAGAAAAUGGAAAUUUGGUUUUCCUUGAUCAUCACCAUCUCUAUCUCUGCUCUGCUAAAAGCCAUUUUCGAUGUUUUCUUUCCUUCCAACAAGUCCACCACCUAUUACAUCCUUCCUCCUGGCCCCGUCCACUUCCCGAUCAUCAGCAACAUCUUAUGGCUCCGUUAUUCCUUUUUGGAACUCACGCAUUUCAUUCGCUCCCUCCACAACAAGCUUGGUCCUAUGAUCACUGUCCACAUCGGUUCUCGCCCCGCCAUCAUUAUCGCCGAUCGUUCUCUUGCCCACCAAGCCUUAAUCCAAAAGGGCGCCAUUUUCGCCGACCGCCCAGAAGCCGAUACUAUUAGAAAAAUCUCCUCUUGUAAUCAACAUAAUAUCAACUCGUCAUUUUAUGGUCCUACUUGGCGGCUCCUCCGCCGAAAUCUUACAUCAGAAAUCCUUCAUCCUUCUCGAGUGAAGUCAUACUCUCAUGCUCGCAGUUGGGUUUUGCAAAUCCUCCUUAAAAGGUUAGACUCGCAGUCGAAAUUUGGAAAAUUACCCGUUCGUGUCGUGGAUAAUUUUCACUUCGCCAUGUUUUGUCUUUUGGUGCUUAUGUGUUUUGGAGACAAACUUGACGAGAAACAAAUUGAAGAAAUUGAGAGAGUAGAGCGUGCCGCGAUUCUGAAUGCUCGUAAAUUUGCUAUACUCAAUUUUUGGCCAAGAUUGACGAAGAUCUUGUUCCGUAAACGUUGGUCAGAUUUCUUUCAGCUUCUAAAGGACAGAGAAGAGGUAUUACUUCCACUGAUCAGAGCUAGAAAGAAGGUGAGUGAAGAGAGACAAAGGCAGUCUAACAAUAAAAAAGAAGAUGAUUAUGUGUUGGCUUAUGUUGAUACUUUGUUAGAUCUGCAACUUCCUGAUGAGAAAAGAAAGCUCAGUGAGAAAGAAAUCGUUACUUUAUGCAAUGAAUUUCUUAAUGGUGGCACUAACACUACAUCUACAACUUUGCAAUGGAUAAUGGCGAAUUUGGUUAAGUAUCCGCAUAUUCAAGAGAAGCUCUUUAUGGAAAUUAAAGGAGUUGUUGGAAAUGAAGAGAGAGAAAUAAAAGAAGGUGAUUUGCAGAAGAUGCCAUACUUGAAAGCUGUAAUUUUGGAAGGGUUAAGAAGACAUCCACCUGUACAUAUGUUGUUGCCACAUGCAGUGAGUGAAGAUGUAAUUUUGGAUAAAUAUUUAGUACCUAAAAAUGGGACUGUAAAUUUUAUGGUUGCAGAUAUGGGAUGGGAUCCAAAGGUUUGGGAAGACCCCAUGACAUUUAAACCUGAGAGAUUCCUUAGCGUUGGUAAAAAUGGCGAUGAUGUAUUUGAUAUAACAGGAAGCAGAGAGAUCAAAAUGAUGCCGUUUGGGGUAGGCAGGAGAAUUUGUCCUGGCCAUGGCUUGGCAAUGCUUCAUUUGGAAUAUUUUGUGGCUAAUUUGGUUUGGAAUUUUGAAUGGAAAAUUGUGGAUGGAGAUGAUGUUGAUUUAACUGAGAAGGAAGAGCUUACAGUAGUUAUGAAAAACCCAUUGCAGGCCCACAUAUUUCCCAGGUGCAGAACCUAGUUGAUCUCGUCCAUUAGCUAAGGUGGUUGUGUACUAUGUUAUGAAAUCCUUGGUGGCUUGCCUGGUGAGCCAAUUGCUUGUAUACACGCAUACAUAUCUUUUUCUAUAUGUUUUGUCUUUGGCUUUACAUGUGAGUGUCCGUGUAUUAUCUUAUAAUAUAUAACACUUUUUUAAGUAUCA